AUGGACUUACUAGGUCCUUACACGACGGCCCCAGGAGGAGUGCGCUAUGUGAUAGUCGUUGUCGAUUAUUUCACCAAAUGGGUAGAAGCCGAAGCCCUGAAAAACACCAAGGCACAAGACACACCCAAGUUUGAAAACUGGUUAGCUGAUCAAGGCAUCACGGCAUGCUUUGCAUCAGUUGGCCGUCCUCAAGCAAACGGACAGGUGGAAGCAUUCAACAAAAUUAUUUCUGAAGGGAUGAAAAAGAAGCUUGAUGAAGCAAAAGGGUUAUGGGCCGACGAGUUACCCAAUGUUUUGUGGUCUAUACGGACCACGGGAAAAAACUCCACAGGAGAAACACCAUUCUUAUUAGCAUAUGGAGCUGAAGCCGUCCUACCAAUAGAAAUGUGCGAACCAACUCUGCGCGUUAUGUUAUUUGAUGAAAAUGCCAAUUGGGAAAUUAUGAAGGCGGCCUUGGAUUUCCUACCAGAAACCAGAGGGAGCGCGGCUUUACGACAACAACUUUACAAACUACGAAUGACUAGAGAGUACAACAAAAAGGUCUCCAGAAGAAUCUCAAAAGUUGGAGAUUUUGGGCUAAGAAAGAUGGAAGCUGAUGGACGUGCUAAUGAACAAGGAAAACUCACUCCCACCUGGGAAGGUCCAUACGAGAUCUAUGAGGAAGUUCGUGACGGAACCUAA